UUUGAAAAAUAUUUUUUCCUAUUGCAAGUGGAUGAUAAGGUGUCCCCUAAGAUUUCAAGCUCAAGACAUGACUCUGAUGAAGCUGGCAGCAAAAUAAAUACAUGUAUCAGUUCUACUACUUCUCCCAAGAAAGAUACUGGUGUGCAAACAGAUGACUUAAUUACAAGAAAUUUCACUAACACAUUAUCACACUGUGGAUCAGUGAGAGAAAGGGAAAAUACACCUUGUUCUUCUCCCCAGAGUUCUGUAGAAUUUCAUGGACAGCUUAACACUAAGAAAGACAAGCAAGAACUAAAUCAGGAUAGAGUAGGCAACUUAGAAAAAGAAAAUAGCUGGUUUAAUGAGCAAUGUAAACAGUCUAUAACAGAGAAAUAAACAAAACUCAUGAAGAAAUGUCCCACAAGGCCGACUUGGAAUAGAAAUAAGCCUCUCAAAAGGUAUGUUCCAGCAUCAGAAAAGUACCCUAAACAGCUUCAAAAGCAGAGAGGAGAAAAAAAAGUAAGAAGACAGAUGGAACUGCUUCAAUUGGUAGAGAAAAAUAAUUCUGAACACCUUUCUCAAAAUAGAGGCACUUCACCAGAUUUUCAUUCAUCCUAUCCAGAAGCAGAGUCAAAAACCAGGUGGCAUCUAAUGAACAAGGAAAAAGAACCUAUGAAAAUUAAUUCAAUCAGUGAAGAAAGGUUACAGUCAUCACCAGUUCCAGCAAUAAAAAACAGAACCCAACAAACUCAGACGGAUAGCUUACACUCACCACUAAAAAAUAGCCUCAAAAGAGAAACAGUGUCAGAAGAUGGUGAAACACCUGGAGUGUUUGAACCAUCCCAUUUUAUUCCUUAUGUUCGAACAAAUGAGAUAUAUUACCUGGAUCCAGAUGCACCCUUGUCUAGGCCUUCGACUGAUCAUGAUUGCAACCAAGAGCAACGACUUGCUCUUAGUUCUGUCAGGGAUCCACUUGUUAAUCCUAACUUGGUAAAGAACAGGGAUCGACAACAAGCAAUUCUUAAAGGACUUUCAGAACUAUGA